GCGAUGGAAGCCAAAUAGUUGAGGUGACAGAGGAAGGUAUUCAUAAUUCAAUAGAAGAUGAGGGUUGCACUGGAAUCUUGGGACCUUUAAAGAGCUCCCCCCUUCCCAGCUGGAUGGAUGAACGCCAUCAACCCUGCACUAGCGGCACCAGGGCGUUGAGGACGCCGGCCGUUCUCCCUCCGGGCCUUCAGGGGGCGCUAUAGCGAAGCCCGCUGCUCCCCCCACCCGGCAUCCUUCGCGCAGGCGCGCGUCUUUAAGCAGCGGAAGAGCUGGUGUGCGCGUUGCGGCAGCGGGCGGAAGCGGGUCGCACGCUAGGCGCCGCCAUGCCUGGGGACCACCGCCGCAUACGUGGCCCGGAGGAAUCGCAGCCGCCGCAGCUGUACGCGGCCGACGAAGAGGAAGCGCCCGCCGCCCGCGACCCGACGCGGCUGCGACCCGUGUACGCUCGCGCGGGGUUGCUGAGUCAAGCCAAGGGCUCGGCUUACCUGGAGGCAGGAGGCACCAAGGUGUUGUGCGCCGUGUCGGGCCCGCGCCAGGCCGAGGGUGGCGACCGUGGCGGCGGACCGGCCGGAGCAGGCGGCGAGGCCCCGGCCGCGCUGCGUGGUCGGCUGCUCUGCGACUUCCGCCGCGCCCCCUUUGCGGGGCGCCGGCGCCGCGCUCCACCGGGCGGCGGUGAGGAGCGUGAGCUGGCGCUGGCGCUGCAGGAGGCGCUGGAGCCGGCCGUGCGCCUGGGCCGAUACCCGCGUGCACAGCUCGAGGUGUCGGCGCUGCUGCUGGAGGACGGGGGUUCAGCCCUGGCCGCCGCGCUCACCGCCGCUGCGCUCGCCCUAGCGGACGCGGGCGUGGAGAUGUACGACCUGGUGGUGGGCUGCGGCCUGAGCCUUGCUCCGGGGCCCGCGCCCACCUGGCUGCUGGACCCCACGCGGCUCGAGGAGGAGCGCGCCGCCGCCGGUCUCACCGUGGCGCUCAUGCCCGUGCUGAAUCAGGUGGCCGGGCUGCUGGGCAGCGGGGAGGGCGGCCUGACCGAGAGCUGGGCGGAGGCCGUGCGCCUUGGCCUCGAGGGCUGCCAGCGUCUCUACCCCGUGCUGCAGCAGUGCCUGGUGCGGGCCGCCCGUCGCAGGGGCGCCGUCGCCCCGCCCUGAACCAGGAGUCUGAGCAACCACGGACGCCACGCCAAGACUCGCGCCGUCGGCCUCGAGCCGGUAUCGAGAUAGCAGCCGGAGCCCCGGAGAGCACCUGGAGAGGCUGGAACAGAGCCGAGGCGCCAGUCAGCUGUGGUGGUGGAAGGGCUUUUUACAAACCUCAUUAAAGGAACUUUUCUCCUUCAGCCGGCUCUCAGCUGCGACCCAGUGAGGAAACCUGUGAGUGCAGCCUGACUUCCAAGUUGGAAACGACUUCAGCAGGACUUACCUGGAAGCUGAUACCUGGGAGCUGUAGUCAUUUAAGGAAUAGACCCUUUGCACGGCCAGCCAGAGACUCCCUCUGGCGUAACUGGGCUACUUCUGAGAGGUUGGACAAGGGGACUGUGCCUUCUCACUUACCGUGUCUGAGCCAAAAGAAAAACACUUUUAUAUCUGAAAAA